GGUGUGCGGCCGUGCGCGGAGCGGGGCGCGGAGCAUGGCGCGGCGUGCGGGCGGGCCGGGGCCGGGGCCGGGGCCGGGGCCGCUGGUGGUGCUGCUGGGCGGCCUCCUCCUCCUGCGGGGCGGCGUGGCCGUGCGGGGGGCGGCGGGGGCCGAGCCGUGCCAGGCGCCGCGGCAGUGGGAAGGGCGCACCGUGUCCUACGAUCACGCCACGGGCCGCAACACGCGUGCCGCCGUCUCCUACGACGGCCCCAACCAGCGGCUCCGCAUCCUGGAGGAGAGGAAGGCCCUCAUCCCCUGCAAGAAGUUCUUUGAGUAUAUAUUGCUCUACAAAGAUGCAGUGAUGUUUCAGAUCGAACAAGUUACAAAGCUUUGCUCGAAGAUUGCUCUGACGGAGCCAUGGGAUCCAUACGAUAUUCCUGCCAAUUCAACUUAUGAAGAUCAGUACUACAUCGGGGGACCUGGAGACGAAAUUAUGGUACAGGAAUGGUCUGACAGAAAACCAGCCAGGAAAUUGGAAUCCUGGGUCGGUGUUUACACAGUCAAAGACUGUUACCCAGUACAGGAAACCUAUACGAAGAACUACAGCGUGACAACCUCCACUCGCUUUUUUGAUCUGCAGAUGGGCAUUGCCGACCCCUCGGUGUUUACCCCACCCAGCACCUGCCAGACAGCCCAGCUGAGGAAGAUGAAAGAUGAAUGCUGAUUAUGGACACUGGCUGCCCCGGGCAAACAAAUAUUAGCCAAAAGGAUGGUUAUUAAUAGCCAGCUGCUGACGUCUAACCUGAUUUUUCAAGCUUAUUGUUGCUCUUUUGGGAAUUGUAAGUUUUCACUUGAAAGAGAACAUAAACAUUUAACUGAGUAAAAUAUGUAACACAAAAGAUCUCUUUCAUCACAUUAAUCUGUUCAGUGAUGCACUUGCAGUAUUAUAUAGUUACCACAGAUAAUAUUUAUAGGUACUAUUUAUUUAAGCUGUGGCUGAUUUUCCUUUUGCAAAGGUUUCAUUAUUUAUUUUUUUCAAGAAGACAAAGCAUAAGCAGACUGCAAUAAUGGCAACAUCAAGAAGGAAAAGCUAGAUUUUGCUGUUGUUACUUCUGGGGACUUGAGGGAAGGGGAGAUAUGUCCUGGGUAAGACCUCAUCCCUAACCAAAAAAUACCCCAUUUUAAACAACGUACAUCAAAAGUAUGGAAACUCAUUCUCUUGGUUUUGUUUUUCUUUGUGGGUUUUUUUUUGUUUUCCUUUCUGCCCUUCAGGAAGCUGAUGUUUGAACUGAUUUUCUCCUUCUGAAAGCCAAGUGGAGUAGCUCGAACUGAUUUUUUUUUCCCUUCUGAAAGGAAAGUGGAGUAGCUCUAUUCAUGUAGUGCUAACUGACGUGCAAAAAAUCCUUUUCUGUUUCUUGAGAGGAUGAUGUGAAAGGAAGGGAAGGAGGGAGAGGGACAUCCCCCCAAAAAGCAAGCCAAAGUUUUCUUGCAUUUGCUACACUUUGAAGUAUUCCAGUAGGGUGCAAUGAGAUAUUUUUCAGUCAUAUUUUACUAUAGCACCCACUUUUUAAGGCAAUACUAGUUUUAACCUAUGCAAAGAGAUUAAGAGGUACUGCGCUCUAAAUAGCUUUAAUAUUUCCCAACUCUUUUCGAAAGUCUUCCCUUACUCAAAGAGUAUGAAAACACCUUUAUAAUUCCAGGUAGAAGUGAAAAAAAGCUGUUCUUAAUAAAUAAUUAGUAAAAGCUAAAAUCAGCGUUUACGCAGUGCCUGGCUAUCUGGACAGAGUGACAGACAGAGCUGCGUGAGCCGGGUGGGAAGGUGGGAGGAGGAAUGGGAGAGGAUUUAGCUGUGUUCUGUCUGGCGUGACUGCAAGGCGCUGCGAUCUAAGCAGAAAUGACGAUCUUGCUUUCUUUUGCACCCGCCCCAUUGAUGCCUGCCGUAUCUGCUGUUCAGCCGGCAUUUCAAACCUUAGCAUCUCCACAUCCUUUUCUGGUGGGCAGGGUGAAAGUUUCCUCAAGGGAAAGAAAUAACUAACCAAAACAAGCACAGGAAGCGCACAUAUUUUGCUUUAGAAAAUUCAAACCAAAUCUUCAUGCACCUUCAGGCCCUCAGAAGCGUGGAAUGGUGAUGGGUUUUGCACUUUUGCCAAAUGAAAUUAAUUGGUUUGUUCUGUAAGUCUAGGCAUGCAUUUUAUUUAUUAUUUGCAAAUUCGUUUAAAACCAGAUUCUUGUCCUCUUACACAUGUUGGGUAGCAGUUCGCUCCAGACAUUGUCUGGCUGAAAACAGUGCAACGCAGGGCAGUUUGGUGUGGUUUUGGGUGGAGUUAUCAAGUUCUAUUGCUUCUUCAGUGGCUGCUGGACUCUGUCCCCACAAACAGAUUUAUUUUUCAGGACAACUUUUAGUGAAGAGAAAUUAUCCAAUUUGACAGUGAUAGGAAGCCCCGCGUAAAUAGGGUACGUAAUUUACUGGCGAAUAGUACCAUGUCUGACAGAAAGCUGAAAGCUUGCACCAUUUCUGGAGGAGAGAUGCUGGGCAGGCUUCUAGUGCUUUGUAUGCUCAUAGCUUUUUGUACAUAAGCAAGUGGUACAGUGGUUAUUUUGCUUUCACAGUUGUGGUCAGAAUGGCAUUUUACUUUGCCUCGUACCUAAUGAAAGCAUAUACACAUGCCUGCUAAAAUGUAGGUAGUUCAUUAAGAAUUUUCUCUCGGACAUGACCAUUUCACUGAAACAUCCUAGUGGAAAGAAGGAUUGGGUUUCCUUGAUUUUAGAGUGCAUUUAGCCUGUACUCGCCUUCUGUAUUUUUUGUGACAACCUAAAUGUUAACUGCAUAUUGUUCUCAUUAGGGCAAUGAUUAACAUGCAUUUCUUAAUAUGUGUCUUGUUAGAAUCUGGAAAAUAUAAUAAAUCUGGCUAGCAAACAUGCA